UUAUUGAGCAGUGUUUUACUAUUGGACGGUGUUUUACUCAUUGCUCUGUAAUUUUACUAAUUGGGCUGUGUUUUACUUUAGGGCAGUGUUUUACUAUUGGGCAGUGUUUUUCUAUUGAGCAGUGGUUUACUCAUUGAGCAGUGUUUCACACAUUUGUAUCAGCACGGAUGACAUGACAAAAGAUAAGUACAGACGAAGUGUUGCAGACUAUCGUGGGUAGAUGGUUGACACAGUUGAGCGUACACAGGGAGGAAGUGUGGCAGGGCAUUGUGGGUAGAUGGUGGAGAGGAAGCGAGGUGCAUUGUGGGACGUAUGGACACGCCCCCAGUCACCCUCACCCCAGUUAUGACUUCUGACCCCGUCCAACAAUCACAUGAGGGCAGCCCGGGUAUGACGGGGUCAUUGCCGCGGCAACUUGAGGGUGUUAAGGCUGCCCAAGUGCUCCAGCAGUUUCGACAUCGUUGGAACACAAAUGAGGAGAUAGCAAGCAUUCUACUGGCUUUCUCUCAACACGCCACAUGGCUGCAGCGUGCAGUAUUUGUACGUCCACCCAGCGGUCGCCAGCUGCUGUACAACCGGAACCACGUGCGGUAUCGGCGGGAUGGCUACUGCUGGAAGAAGAGGAAGGAUGGGAAAACCAUCCGGGAAGACCAUAUGAAGCUCAAAGUCCAAGGGCUGGAGUGCAUCUAUGGUUCGUACGUACACUCUGCAAUCCUGCCCACCUUCCAUCGACGAUGUUACUGGCUCCUACAGAACCCAGAUAUUGUGUUGGUGCACUACCUGAAUGUCCCGUAUCCUAGCAACGCCAAGCUGAGCAUCCCUGUUCUCUCUAUUGCCAUGGAGAAGAAAGAAUGGACCAAAGAGGAGCUCACCCAGCAGCUCAGACCCAUGUUUUCUGGUUCAGAAGGGGAAAACCUCAGUGCUCUGGAUGACUCUGUACAGACCUUGGUACAACGUCUGAUGGACAAUCAGGGUCACUUCAAGUCAGACAACGGGGGAGGGGUGCCAGGAGGCCUGAAGCCCCCCAGAUUUACCCCUGUCCCCAUCCAGCCUGACCCCCACCCACCUAGGGAGGGGGGAUACGACCCUGUGACCUCCACACUAAAGUCUGAAACAUUUCCUGCUGUAAUAGACAACAAACAGAACACCGCUGUAAAUUUUGCUCAAAGUGUCAUUUUGAACAUUGGUAAUCUGCCUAAUGGUCAACAAGUUAUGUUAUUGACAGGACACGCCGGUCAGACCAACCGUUCCCAGUUAUCGCUCCUUUCGACCCAUUCCAGUGUUGGGCACAAUGUCCCGAACAUUAACCCAUGCCUAUCUUCGCAACCUGUAGUUUCUACCGUACCAUUAACUAGUAGAUUAAGUGCAGGUAGCUACUCCGUGCCCAUGACCAGCGGCCAUUUCCAACCCCACGGACCUAGCGGUGCAUGUCUGGAACGCUCUGCUUCUCUCUGCGAUCCCCAGAACUCGUUUGAUGGCGCUGGCAUGCAGCGAUCUCACAGUGAAGAGGGACACAUUCAUUUACAGCAUGGAAAACGCCACUUCCAUCAGUUUGGUAGAAAUGUAGGUUUUGUACAAAGUGUUGCUAACGUUAGUCCUCAACCAACAACUAUACAGGGUAUGACAUUUUCGAACAGUUUUAAUCAUUGUCAGGAAUCCAUCGUUAAUAGUCAGUCAUCGAAUACAAUUACCAUGGAAACUAAUAGUCAUAACUUGUCCAGUGAACAAAAUGCUGACACAAGUCUAUAUCAGUCUGUGUAUUCCCAGCAUUCUGAAAAUGAGAAUUCCAUAGUUAACUCAUUGCUUGAUGAACUGAACUCCGAGUUGAUGGCUUCUGAAAGUAACUCCACUAAUGAAUGUAAGAAGAACUCGUUUGGACAUCUUGGAGACAGUUUUGAGAGUUUACAAGCCAGUUUGAGCACAAUGCCGAAUGGAGAGCUGAAUCUAGACCAGCUGGAUUUGAUUGACAUGCCUGACCUUGAGAAUAUGUGCAAUGACAUAUCCAAUGAGAUUAGAUCAACAAAUAUACCAGAGUGUAACACCAGUGGAGCAAACCUUACAAACUGUACACAACAGAAUCUUCAGAAUCAAAGUGCUGAAGGCGAUGGGCGAGGCCAGAGCACCGUUCAGGCUGAUGCGUUCUCCUUCUGUGAAGAGCAGGCUAAGAACUCAGGAACACAGAACGUAUCCCGAAGAAGUUCAAGCCCACACUUGCCCGGAAACUGUCAUAGUUGUAACUGCCAUGUGUCAAGGUCAUGUCAAGGUCAAGGUCUCAGUGACUGUCAAGGUCAGAUAAAGGCAGAAGUGGGAGGGGCUCACACAACCAAGUCUCCAAUCACCAUAGCAACCAUCACUGACUACUCACCAGAGUGGUCAUACACUGAGGGCCAAACCAAGCUGCUAGUGACAGGUCCAUGGCAUGCCAACACUGGGAGGUAUUCUGUGCUCAUGGACGGGAAAGUUCUGGCCACAACACUCGUGCAACCUGGGGUGCUGCGGUGUUUUGUACCAGGUCACAGGAAGGGUCCAGUUAGUCUAGAGGUGUCAUGUGACGGGUCGGUUAUCUCUAACAACGCAACUUUUCAGUACCACGAGAAACCAAGACAAAACCAGUCUACAUCGACACACCAGGGAGACUGGUUCUCUGUUGAAGAUCCCAAGCUCCAAGAGCAGCUAGUUUACAAGCUUGAGAAGAUUGAAGUGUCACUAAGCAAGGUCCCGGACUUCCCAAGCAUACAACAGUCACUGUCGAAUGCCAAAUGUCAGUAUGAGGCAGACACGGCAAUGUGUCGGCAUAUUGAGUCACUCUCGACACGUCUGUGGACCAACAACGACCUUGCCAGAGAAUCUAGCAGCUUCAUGGGACUUAGUCUUUUACACAUAGUGGCAGCUCUUGGCUUCCAUAGAUGCAUCAAAACACUUAUAAGCUGGAGGAAUGAGAACUCUAGCUGGAUUCUUGAGUAUGAAGCUGAUGCCAACAGCCUAGAUCUGAAUUCCUGUACUCCACUGAUGUGGGCCAGUGCCAGAGGGCACACAGAGGCAGCUAUUUCUCUUUUCACUUGGAACAAAGGCCCACUACUCUCAUCCAACAAGGAGGGUAAUCUCCCUUUGAUGGUUGCUAGGCAACAUGGCCACCACAGCCUUGCCGACCAAUUAGAGCAGCUCUACAUGUCAUGUGACAAACCACAUGAUCUGACAUCAUCCUCAUCAAUGUCACAUGACAUACAUUCUGGCUCCUUGCCAACAUGUUUGUACAGUAUGCCAUCAAAUAGUUUUGACAAUUCUCAUUUUUCAACUGAAAUGUGUUCAGCUACACCGUCUGUCUCAACUGUAAGCUCAACACCAAAUAUGAACUAUUUUUCUACUGAAUUACCUAAUUCCACAUCCACCCAAGUAUCCAAAGACAUAUCUCCAUCACCGAACGACCCUUCAUUAACCAAUCAGACUACGGACAGCGUUAGUGUAUUAAAUGAAUUGCAUAUCAGUAUACCUCACGAAGACCAAGAUCUAAGUAAUGUAUGUAAAUUAAAUUUACAUGGAAAACGAGAACAUUCAAGCAUUCAGAAAACCGACCAAGAUUUGAAGAAUAAAUCCCCAUACACAUCGACCUGCAAAUGCUCAAAUUCAGCCUCAUCUAUAAAAACACGAGCAGAAAAACGUCAUCAUCUCCAGAAAAGGUUUUCCGUGGAUGUAAUUUCCAAUCAGACCCUCGAGCCAGUACAUUUCUCCCCGUCGACUGCGUUCCAGCGACCGGUACGCGAGGCAAAUUCGGAACCACAUCUGGCAGGAAACAUGGAGCAUAUGCUGUGUAGGACCAACCCGAUGUUGUCGGCAGGGAGGGAGAUCGGAUCACCAGAGAUGCUUGUCCAACUUGAGCAUUGUGAGCGCCAUGGUCACCACUGUAAUGGCCAGUCAGAUCCAAGCUCUCAGAUCACCAUGGAUACUGACAACCAAUCAGAAGGCAGCAACAAUUCAGACAUCGAUGUAGAAAGGGUUUCCUCAGAUGAUGAAGAUAUCAGAAAGAGAAUACUUGCACAAGGUGAAGACAACCCCCAGCCCCAGAUGGUCCACCUGGCCAAACAGAUCAUAGCUGCAAUGCCGGAGAGGAUCAAGUCUUCACCUAGCCGCGGGGACGAUAUUCAGGUUGAAGAAUUCCAGAGAGAGAGAAGUAGUUCCUACAGUUCUGUUCACUCCUCCUCACCUCUUGCACCAUCAUCGUAUGGAGAAGCCCUCUCGUCGUACGGGGAAGACUCUGGAAUAUCCACACCCAUGCACGACAGUCUUGCAUUCGAUGAGUACAGGUACGCGGAUGUGUACAGUGACCUUGGGACCCCAGCCUCCUCCCUGAGCCCGGACUCCACGUGUCUUCACAGCCCCUACAGCCCCUAUAGCUUUCUCCUCGACUCUCCGCCCCCUACCGCUGCAGAGUUUGUGGAGUACUUCAACGCCCCUGCCACUUUCAUGGAGAAAGACUUUAGUCAGCUCACACUUUCAGAUCGUGAGCAGCGGAAGCUGUACGAGGCAGCUAAGGUGAUACAGAGUGCGUACCGCCAAUACCGGGACAAACAAUGCAAGCAGCAGGCCAAGGAACGGGAGGCAGCUGUCCUCAUACAGAGCUACUACAGGAGAUACAAACAGUAUGCAUACUACAAGAAGAUGACACAGGCAGCCGUGCUGAUUCAGAGCCAAUUUCGGAGCUACUAUGCCCAGAAGCGCUUCAAGAAGAGCCGUGAUGCAGCUGUCGUUAUCCAGAACCAGUACCGCAGCUACAAGGAACAUGAGAGGCUGAAGAAAGGCGGCAAUAAAUCUGUCACACAGCGUUUUCGAUCGCACUACCAGAGGAAGCCGAAGGGAGCGAAGGGGUCGCGCGUCGUUCAGAUUGUCCCAGAUACCGAUGGCAAACACUGCAAAACCAACUGCAGGUCCCAGGGAGAUCCAAGCACUCCCACCGAAGAUUGCCCCCACGCCUCUGACCCCACCGUCACUCCUGGGGAUGAGGAAGAGCAGGCAGGGGAGGCCAUCCAUGAUGAGAGUAGCCAGGGGAAGUAACUAAACUGGAGGGUAGCAAGUUAUUUCAACUGGACAGUAGAUUGGAGAUUUUUUAAAUUGGAGAGUAUUCAUGGGCAGAAACUCACUUGAAGAAUAUUCAUUGGCAGUAAUUCAUUUGGAGAAUAUCCAGAAGGAGUUAUUCACUUGAAGAAUAGAAGGGAGUAAUUCCUGCGACAUUAUUUCAAUAGGAGAUUAUUCAGAGGCAGAAUUUCCACUGGAAAGUAUUCAGGGACAUCAAUUUUAUUGGAAAGCCAAUGACUUUAACUCAACUCGUGUUUAUCCAAGGGCUGCUACUCAGACCUAUAGUUAUCAAGAGCAACAACUCUGUCAAUUAGCUGAAACAAGUACCAGCGUUUUGCAGAAUGUCUUGUAUUAUUUGUAUUAUUUAUUGCACAAGUUGGUGAACACAGUUUAUGUUAUCAUUUCUUUGGAAGUCAGUCAAAGGUAAUAAGUGUAUCACACAGAAUUAAGGAGAUGUUAAGCUCAGUACAAACUGAAAACUCUAUAACCGUUAGCAUUUUUUAACAUUUUUUUCUCACAUAGCUUUCAAGGAAGUCAUUUUGGACUUUGCUUCAAAACGUCUGCUAUUUUUAGAAAAUUUACGAUGGAAAAACUGAUGAAAUCCUUUUCACUAUUGUACAGAUAAAAAAAAUUUAAGAUUUGGUCAAGUUAUUAGAGAAGAGUAAUAGUUUAUUUACCAAUUGUAUAUGAAAAAUGCAUGCAGGAACUAUUCAUGAACGCAUAAUAGUAGCAACAGUUUGUGUACUGAAAUUGACAUGAUGUAAAUAAAAAUACGCAAGAUUUUCCUUUUAUCAGACUUUGACAAUUUUGUGGUUGAAUCUCUUUAGCCUUGUUUGACAUAGUUCUGUUUCGAGUAUAUAUGACAGUUUAUUUUUCAGCAAAAUUGUUGUGUUGUUUGCCUUUAUGGUUAAAUAUUUAAGCCAGUAAAGAUACACUUGUGUGAUAUAAAUGAGUUGCCUGCUUUGUUAAAAGAUGAUGUUUUUCUUCUAUAUCUUCAUUAGUUACAACUUUCUUGCGCCGAACCUGGUUAUAUGCCGAUUUCUUAUUAGAGGAGGUCUUGGACUAUUCUGUUACAACUGUAAAGCCAGCAAAUUUUUUAGGGGAUUUUUAUCAGCAUUUUGAGGGCGUUUUCUAAGAGAAAAAAAAAGAAGAGUUAUUAAUAGUGUAAAACUUGGAACUUGGCCAUAACUUAGAAACCAUUAAAGAUAUUAACAUGGAACUUUGUAUGCCUAUUAUCUAUGGCAAUGUGCACAUUUAUAGCAAGGCUCAUAACUCCGGGUAAAAAAUUGUUGAGUUUUGCCCCUUUUUGGUGGAUAAAACAACAGAUUCAUGAGCAUUUGAAUCCUCCUGCAAUGCUCUUGCUAUAUGUUUGUUUAUUUAUUUACUUAUUGAAAAUAUAUGGAACACUUAAAUACUGAUGAUAAUUCCCUAAUAUUUGCUUUUAUUAUUGAAGCUGAAUUUUUGUCAAAUAGAAAUUUGGGAGUUACGGGGUGAAAAUUAAUUUAAAUAAUUGUUGUUAUUUGUUGGCUGGUUGUAGUACAUUUAUAAUUACAUCCAUCUCUUGUGGGUUUUUUACAUUUAACAUUCAAUUUAUGAGGCAAACCAGGGAAUGGUGUUAAAGUGAACAUCUGUAUAAAGCUUCAAAAGUUUUAAACACACUCUUAAAAAAAAUAUAAUUUGCCUAAAAAAAUGGUAGGGUCGGCGCAUAUUUAGUAGUUAUAGUUUGGUUAACCAAACUAAAUGUAUUUUUUUAGGCCUAGUUAUAAUUAGAAAAAAAGAAAAGAAAUAUUCAGCAUAUUCUAAUAUUGGACCAUUUGUUUAAAACUUUGUAAAGGUUAACAAUUAUUGUUAAUACCAUAGAUGUUUUUAGAUAAAACAAUCAAGGCAUAGCUGAAUCAGUUAUGUCAAUAAAUGUAAAAAGUAAGGCUUGUCCAUUUUCCAACUUUCAGAGUAGUAAAGUUUUGAAAAUUAACAAUGGUACAUAUAGCAACGUUGUUAACUUUGAAAAAGUUCUGAACAAUCGGCCCCUUGUGAUUGUUAAUAUAUCAAGCUCAUUUAUAAAAUAGGGCAUUUGAAAUAUAUAUUUUUACUUCAGCAUUUGCUAUUAAGUUUUGUUUUUGUUAAAUAAUUUGCAUUUGUUACUAAUUCUGUAAUAUGUAUAUGGUGGAAUAUUUAUUUUCAAAGUUGAAUAAAACUGUUUGAACUGUUUGAAAGAUUUUAUCUGGCAAUCUUGUUUAGCAACGUGAAAUAAAUGUAGAAAUUCAUUUUUUUUAUAUUUGAUAAAAUCACAUGUCUUUUUCUAAUGAUAUAAAUUAAUGACAUGAUUUAUUGAUUAUUCUUUAUUAUUAUAGAUUGUUCGAUUUGAAUUAAUAUUUGUUCAUUUUGAAUUAAUGACAGUUCAAUUUAAAAGUCUCACUUAACUUCAUAGUUAUUGUUAUUUUGAAAAAAAGAUUUUUAAUUGUUCCCUUAUUUCAAUCCUUGUACUGGUUAAAUGUUACCCUGUGAAAAAGAAAUUAAGUUUGCCAAUGCUUGUUAAAAUCAGUUUGAAAAAAAUCACAAAAACUUCUUAAUUAAAAAAAUUGGAAAAAAAUAAAAAAAAAAAAAAUAAAAGUGUCUGAAAUGAUUGACAUAUAUACAUUAUUAUGCUCUGUGUUUGAUGGACUAAACAGUUUUUGUUGCGUUAAGAAAUAAUUAAAAAAAACAACAACAUAUGUAUGAAAAGGUUAAUGACUCUAAAAUCCCAGCUACCGAAAAGAAAACAUGUGUUAGGAAAACUUAUAGUUGAAGUAAUCGUUAUUAUGUCACAUAUUUAUUUUGUCAUAUUUAACAUACAUGUAUGUAUUUAUAUUUACUGUGUGCUUCUUGGAGAAAACAGAAGAAGCUACAAUUUGUUUAAAGCUGCACUCUCAUAGAUUGACUGUUUUAACAACUUUUGAAUUUUCGUCAAGGAAUUAGCCAAAUUUUGCAUAAAUGUCUGGAAACAAGUGACAUAAGAUUGCUUUUAACAGAUCAGAUGGUAGUCUAUCAUAUUUACGUUUGAUUUAAGAUGUUUGUAGCUUUAAGUAUUACUUACGCUUAAAAAAAAAAUGAAAAUUUUGGCAGUUUUCCAAACAAUUGUUCUUGUUCUAUUGACAAUUUUCUUUUACUGAAUUGAAGACUUCAAAGUCAAAAUCAUCUCAUUUUGGGACAAAAAUUUAAAAAUAUGUCAAAAGUGACAAUCUGUGAGAGUGCAGCUUUAAAAUAAGUAGAAAAUGAGAUAUCAUACCAUUUCAUUUAAUCAGAUGAAUAUAAUGAGUUAUAUUAUACAAACUAAAUACAUUUAUUUUUUGUAAUAUUAUGAUAUAAACUGUUAUAAACAAUUAUCCAUUUCAUAUUGAAACACUUUAUGCUCUAAGUCUGUUCUGCCAAGCAAAUUACAACUAUUGUUUGAAUAACUUGCAUAGAUUAUAUUUUUUCUCUCUAAUUGAAAUCAAUAUGUUCAUAGAAUGGUGAAAUAUCCUUAUAUUUCAUUUUUCCAUUUCCAUUUUUCCUUUUCGUGGUCGCUUUAGUCACAAUUUGUUGGAAAAUGAAUUUUGUGUUUUUUGAUAAUGAUCUAUGACAUUUUGUUGUAUUUGCUUGGUGGCAAAACAAGCCUCUUUUAACUCAUCUGUAUUUGUAAAAAUGAUUCAAGGCAUUGUGAUAGCAUUGUUGUUGUCGUCAUCUUUGCCAGAACUAAAACAACCUUUAAGCUAUUCACAUGAAACUUAAUACACACGUUGCAUGAGGCAAUGUGCACAUGUGUAUCAAGGACCAUAACUCUGGCUUUAAUCAUUGUUAAGUUAUGCCCCAUUGGGAGUUAACAGACAAUCAUUCGUAUCCAUCCACUCGUGGUGUUCUUGUGAUUUACCCAUUCAUAUUUUACCCAUCAAUUUCUGACCAGUUAAGUUCCAAUUAACCCAGGAUUUAUAAGUCAUCUCAGGUGUUGUAAGGUAUUUGUCAGUGGUUCAUUUCAAAGCUGUAUGUGCUCCAUUGUAUUCCUUCAUUGAUUAUAAUGUUAGCUAGCUCAGUAUUGCAUCAAGUAAGCAUCAUAUUUUGCAUUAUGACAGCUAGGUCAGUAUUGCAUCAAGCCAGCGUCAUAUUUUGCAUUAUGACAGCUUGGUCAGUAUUGCAUCAAGCCAGCAUCAUGAUCUGUAUAAAAAUAACAGCUAGCUCAGUAUUGCAUCAAGCAAGCAUUUAUUCUGCGUAACAAUGACAGUAAGCUCUGUAUUGCAUCUAGCCGGCAUCAUGUUCUGCGUUAUAAUGACAGCUAGGUCAGUAUUGCAUUGAGCCAGCAUCAUAUUUUGCAUUACAAUGACAGCUCAGUAUUGCAUCAAGCCAGCAUCAUAUUCUGCAUUACAAUGACAGCUAGCUCAGUAUUGCAUCAAGCAAGGGUCAUAUUUUGCAUUAUAGUGACAGCUAGCUCAGUAUUGCAUCAAGCCAGCAUCAUAUUCUGCAUUACAAUGACAGCUAGCUCAGUAUUGCAUCAAGCAAGGGUCAUAUUUUGCAUUAUGACAGCUAGCUCAGUAUUGCAUCAAGCAAGCAUAUAUUCUGCAUUACAAUGACAGCUAGCUCAGUAUUGCAUCUAGCCAGUAUCAUGUCCUGCAUUACAAUGACAGCUAGCACAGUAUUGCACCAAGCAAGCAUAUAUUCUUUAUUUAAAUAAUAGCUAGCUCAGUAUUGCAUCAAGCAAGCAUCAAAUUCUGCAUUACAAUGACAGCUAGGUCAGUAUUGCAUCAAGCCAGCAUCAUAUUCUGCAUUACAAUGACAGCUAGCUCAGUAUUGCAUCAAGCAAGCAUCAAAUUCUGAAUUACAAUGACAGCUAGCUCAGUAUUGCAUCAAGCAAGCAUCAAAUUCUGCAUUACAAUGACUGCUAGCUCAGUAUUGCAUCUAGCCAGUAUCAUGUCCUGCAUUACAUUGACAGCUAGCACAGUAUUGCGCCAAGCAAGCGUAUAUUCUUUAUUUAAAUAAUAGCUAGCUUAGUAUUGCAUCAAGCAAGCAUCAAAUUCUGCAUUAUAAUGACAGCUAACUCAGUAUUGCAUCAAGCCACCAUCAAAUUCUUCAUCCUAUUAUAUGCUUUCAUUGUUUGUACUUAAGUGUGCUGUUUCUAACAUGGCUUCCUUUAGGACUGAAAUUGAUUUUGUUCCAACAUCAGUUGAAUUGUUUCAGUUACUGAUUGAAUAUGAAAUUUAAAAAAGAAAUAUCCUCUUCAAAUUUGUAUGUAUAUAGCUGUUGAACUCUUAUUUUUAACAAAUUGGAAAGAUUUCUAUGCAAUAGUUUCUGAUGGAAUAAAUUUUUGUUAUUUUAAAAAAAAAUAAUAACUUGAUAUACUGGACAGUUUCAGAUGGAAUUAAUGGUAAAGAAAUAUUUGAUGUCCCAAACUUUAAGGUUGUUUACCGGUUGAGAUUUUUUACUUAGUAAAGUCCCAAUGCUAGCACACACACACACACACACACACACACACACACACACACCGUCUGUCCCCUCUACCCACCUACACCUACCUAUCUGUCCCGGGUAGUAGUAGUGGCACUUAUUUCAUGUUGCAAAAUAAGUAACUAAAUUAGUAACUUUUUCCAAAUAAUAGUUCAUCAUGGCUGGGAUAGUUUAUCUCUUCUAAAUGUCUCAAAAAUGUUCUCAAAUUGUUUGAAUUAAUGAAGGGACUUUUGAAGUUUUGAAAUGAAAUUGGUGCAAAGUUUAAUUUAUUAAGGCCACUGAACUAAAUAUAUUCCUGUCAUGCUUAAUUAUUUUCAAUAGGUAGGAAAGACCAUCAUUGUCUCAUAUAUAUUUGACAUUAAGUACAAUUUAUCAAAUCAAGUGUUGUGAAUUUGUUGAAAAUUGAUUUUGUUACAAUUUGCGCUUAUACUAUUGCAAGUAAAUAACUUUACUGUAGAUUGUUUUAAUUUUGUUAAGGUUUAAUUUUGAUGAAUUUUUGCAUUACAAUCCGGUCACUUAUAAAAAUGGGUGUCAAAAUAUUAAUUAUAAAGUUUUAAUUUUUGUAUUAAUGAUAAUAUAAUGAUGUUACAAAUUCUAACCCAAGAUGAAAGGUGUUGUUGUUGUGUUUUUAAAAAGAGCAAAAAUUGGACCUUGCAAAAUAAAAAUAUUCUACAGUUUAAUGUUUUACUACAUUUAUUACAUAUGCAUGUUUUGAUGUAAGAAUUCAAUGACAGCCCUGUGUUUUUGUUGUUAUUUUUGUACCAAAUUUUUCCUAUUAUUAUUGUUUUUUGUACAUAAAAUGAAAUUAAUUUAUUGUUACAUUGUUUGUUAGUAUUUUACAAUGAACUUGUUUUACAUAUCUUGGAAAUUAUUUAAGAUAUUUAAAUGGUGUUAUGGUAUAUCAGAGAUCUUUCAUUAAUGUUUUUGUUUCUUUGCUAGAACAGAAAUGACAUAUUGUGAGCUUAAAAUUACACAAGCUAAAAUACUUUUUUAAAUUCUUGGGAAACACUGGCCCCAAUUUAACGAAAUGUCUUUGUUACAAGUUUUAGUCUCAUAUUUAUUUUAGCCAAAUUUCUUGCUCAAAAGUGAUUUUAUAAACAAAAAAAUAGUUAAUCAUGAUUAUUCUGUAAAUUAUUUCCUUUUUAAAAGUGUCAAAGCUUAUUGGAAAAAGAAAAUUAUAUAUUGGCCUUAUUGUACAGAACAUAAUUAAAGUUAACAAUGCGAUUAACAUUAUUGUUACUUUUAAAGUCAAAUAUGAUGUGCUUAUAUAUUUCAAUAAUACAAGUACAGUGGAAACUCACUAAACCUGAUCUCCACAAAAACGGAAUCCUCGGGAUACCAGACUUUUUUCAGAGUCCCGGUUUUCCCCUUCUAUUUUCAAUGUAAAAAAAUCCCUACAAAACCGGAAUUCCAGAUACCGGACAAAAAAUUGAGAAAAUUUGUUAGUUGUCAACAUAAUUUUACCUCACAAAACCGGACGUUUAUUUGUUCAAACAUGUCAAAAUAAUUUUGUGUAUUAGGAAUUCGCGAAUCGCGUGUCACUUUGUUUUUACAGCCGGUGCGUCGUUAAAUAUUACACCUGUGAUGUUGUGUUAACUCGAUAAUCGAUAAUGAUGAUUGCGCUGUGGAUUGACUGUCGCACGAUAAUCAAACUUGUGAAAAAAAAAAUUGAUUGAAACAUUAAUUUGUUUGUUGCAGAAAAUAAAGAACUGAAGUGAAGUCAAACACCGUUUAUUCGCUCAUACCAUACACAUGGCAAAUGAGGUCAUAUACAAAACAUAUAUACAUACAUGGCGGCAGAUACAUUGUAAAUUUCUAACUACAAUUUAUAUGAUACCCAACUAGAAACGGUUAUUUAGUGAUCAUUUUGAAGGGUUCUUUUAUCUAAAGGCUUCUAUGAUUGAAUCAAAUUAGAGCGGUGCGUUAAUUAAACUAUCAAACAUACUAAACAAACAUUAAAUUACACGAGUUGUUUUAUUUCAAGACUUGGAAAAAAGAUGAUUAUAAAAGCAGAAAUGUUUAAUUAUGCUUAUCACUUUUGCAAGUGCUUUAAUCAUGUCUCAACCUCCGUCUAAACGUCAGAGAAUUGGACUGUCCCUAGAGGACAAAAGCCUUUAAAGAUUAACUCAGUUAAUAUUUUGAGUAAACUUACUCCGUACAUCAAAUCCUCACUUAACCGGAAUCAUCACUAAACCGGAAAUUUUGCCCAGUCCGGACCUUGUCCGGUUUAGUGAGUUUCCACUGUACAAUUAAAACAAUUCUCAAAUCUUGUAGGAAUAAAGCUGAACAUGAGUGUAUUCGAGAAAAUUCCUGAUCAUUUAUUUGAAAGUUAACAUCGAUGACGUUAACAACAUUGUAAACCUUAACCAAGAUCUAAACAAUUGGCCAAUAUUUACCAAAACUAAAAUAGGGAGCUUGGCUUGAUUGUGUUUUAAGGGGCUUAAAAGAUUGUUCGAGAAAUUGGGGCAUAAUGUUUUCUGUUUCUUCGUCAUAUAAAUCAUCCUUUAUACUUGGCAUUCUUUACAUAUUUAUUCUUUAAAGAGUUAUUUUUUUCUUCAAUAAUAUAAUAUAUAGCUUUAGAAUAUUGCUUACUUACAAAUUUUUACAUAAUUAUUCUAGUCUUUGUACACUGCUAGCUAUAAUUAUUACCUAUUUGUAAUUAGACAUACUUUGAAUUAUUACCUAUUUGUAAUUAGACAUACUUUGUGAUACUCAGAAUUUAAUGAUCACAUUAGCAAUGCUGAAAUCAACACUCGUAUUAAUAUAUAAAGAGUAUUUGAAUUCUAAAAGUAUUGACACUUCAUAGCCUACAAAUUUAGUAUGUUAAAUGAUUAGCCAUUGUCUAAGAACAUGCUUAUUGCAUAAAGCAGAGUUUUGUUUUAUGUCAAUGCUGCAAUUAAAUUAUUUGGUAUUUAGAAAAUGUUCGAUUUCAAAUGGAAUUCAAAUUAUUAUGGAAACCAAUAGUUAAAGGCAUAGUUCCCUGUAUCAAGAAUGCAGACAGUUUCAUGGAUAAGCUUAUUUUCUUCUAUCACUGAUCCAAAUAUUGGAGGCUCUUAUAUUUGAUUUAUCUAGUAACCUUUUAUUAGGUAAUGGUCACAGCUUUUAGCCAAUGACUUUCAAACAAGUUUGAAUAAUUUUAUGUAAAAAAAACACAAAAAAAUCAGGGCCUCACUGAAGUGUGUUGCAAUUAUAAUCAUGGAACUUGUGUAUCUAACAGUGAAAGCUAUUUAUACAUUUAUUAAUUAAAUAUAGAAGGUCACCCAACAUCAGGGAGCUUUGCCUUUAAGAUAUUAAUUUUAGUUAAAGCUGGUCACUAAUUUGUCGCAAAAUACUAAGCUCCUUAUCACAGUAUCAAGCUAAGCACAAGAUUUUUUUUAGGUAUAAUUUGUUUAAUAUUCUUGUGUUUUUUUUUAAGAAGCACUGGCUUUUAAAGGAAUUUAUCUUUAUAAUUAUCCUGAUAAACUUUUUUUUUAAUUUGUAACAUUAAGUAUAAGUAAUUUGCUGAAUGAAAUAAGAGACUUAGAAUUGUGAGGCUUAAGUGCAAUAACUCGAUAACUGUAUAUAGAAAUAGAAGCAGAUAUUGAGUUAUUGCAUAAAGUGGACGAUUUGAUGUAAAUUUUUAUAUCAUCGAUUGCAAAUGGAAAUAUCAAUAAGGGCUCAAUAAGGGCCCUAGUGCAAUAACUCAAUAACUGCAUAUAAAAAUAGAAGCAGAUAUUGAGUUCUUGCACUUAGGUGAAGCAAAUGCUAUUUUUGAACAUUCAUUAUCUUCUGUGGUUAGCCAUGUUUGUCUUGGAUUUUCGCCAUUGCUUUUUGACCACCCCUCUCAUUUAUAAUUGAAGGCACUGUUUGUUAACCUCUGACUUCUUACAAUUUGUCUUUUCUCCUUCCACGUAUUUUAUUCUUGCUAUUGUGAUAAGUUUUUGUUUCUUUUUUACUUACAAAUUUGUCAAAAAUAAACUUUUUCGAAAUUGA